AUGAAGCCGUAUAAUAUUAUUACUUGUGCUAUUAUAGCCAUUAUUUGUAUAUUGAGCGUACAAGGCUUACCAAGCUCAAACAGAUACAAACCAGUCGUCAAUCUAAACCCAGAAAAACAAAAUGUAACAGAGAAGCCAGUUGAAGUAAGAAAAAGUUCCCUCUUUCCGAAGAAUAGCAAAAAAUAUGUAGUAACGGAAAGUCCAAUGCCCGGGACGACGUCAUCUUAUUUGUACAAGUACUUUAUGGUGAAGCGGCCUUUGAUGCUUAAGUUUGCGCCUACAGCCAGGCCAUUCCUUAAAAACGAUCAAACCGUAAAACACCAACCUUUUAUGAAAGAUGUUAAAUUCAUCGUAUCGACUCCUGCACCGUGGGAAAGAAAUUCAAAGAAAAACAACGAAGCAAGCCAUCCGAUUCAUAUAAAGGCUAAUGAUACAAAACAGAACAGUGACUCCGAAACCGUACAAAAGGAGCCCACUUCAGAGCAACCACGUGUGAGCACGACUGAGGAAGUGCCAGUUUUAGCUAAUAAGGAUUCUGGCGAUACUCAACCUCAAAAUAAUAAGACAAGCGAAGUUAUAAUUUUGCCAAUUAAUCUUAAUGAUUUAAAAGCAAAUCCUAACGCAAUAGCUGAGGAAGUCAAAGACAUUGUAGAUUUUAUGAACAAAAUUCACUCCAAGAAAAACAAGACAACAGACGGAAGCUCUUCAAUUCAACCGGAACACGAUACAAUGUUAGAAGCUUCUUCAACAGAAUCAGUUACUAGCUUAAAUCCUGAAACAACUACUACCAAACCAACCACAGUCCCAAUGACAGCAGAUCCUGCAUCAUACAUGACUACAAUUAAUAAGUCAUCAAUACCUGAGAGCAACAAGCUACAAGAUAGUUCACCACAAAAUUUAAAUCAAAAUCCAGAUGAUGAUGUCGAAGAUAUUAUGUAUCGCAUACCCAAAAAUGAUUCACAAGUACCAGAAGUAUAUGGCACAACACAAAAUUUAUUGCCAGAAUCAACUAACAAUGAAAUGACAAAAAAUCCUUUACAAGAGGGAAGUAAUAAUGUAACAACGGAAAAGUCAUUACCAGAGAUGAUUAUACUGCCAGUAAAUGUAGAUGAAAUAAAUAGUCACCCUGAAAAUAUAGCAGAAGAAAUCAAAAACAUUAUGAAUGAAAUUAACAUGAUACACGCACAAAAUGGAUCAGAUGACAAGUCUACUAAAAGUUCGCCAGAGCCGGUAACUGAAGUGACUACUAAAACACCAGAACCGUCUUUUAUCACUGAGCCAACUACAAUUUACACUUCGCCAAAUCCUGAAAAUAAUUUAACGAGAGAAGUGCUACCGGAAAUCCUUUACAUACCUGUAAGCCUUGAAGAUCUUAAACCAAUUUCUGAAAAAACGACUGAAAACAUUAUAUCAAGUACUGAGGCUGCCGUAUCUGAAAAAAAUAACAGUUUUGAGAGUCCGAUAACAACAGAAAAUAAUAAAAGUAACCAAGAAUCCUCGACCACACCAUACAGUGAAACUUCGACAGGUACAACACGUGAUAAAACAACAUUUUCAACAACACAAAAAUCCUUACCAGAGGUAGAAAACGACACAACAACUGAAAUUAUACCUCACGAUAUUGUAUACAUACCUGUAGACUUGAAUGAACUUAGAUAUCAUCCUGAAGUAAUAGCAAAUGAGAUUAAUGAUAUUGCUAAUGAUAUUAAUAAGACUCAGCCUAAAACAGGAAAUGUAAUAUCAGACCAUAAAGACAAUAAAUCUUCCGAAAGCUCUACAAUUAAGCAAGAAAGUGAGGUUACUAGUGACUAUUCUAUACCAACACAAGUAAGUGAAACUACAUCAGCAUUUACUACGACCGAGUUUACCACCCAAGAGACCACCGAAAGUUCCUCGACCAGUGAGAUAACUACAGAAAUAACCUCAACACAUUCGGAAUCUACUUUGGCGACUCAAAACACUACACCUGACGUUGUUUUAUAUAUUCCUGUAAAUGUUGGAGACUUAGAAACAAACCCUGAUAUAAUUAAAAAUGAGAUACAAGAUCUGGUUAAUAACAUGAGUAAUGCUACAACAAAAAAUUUGGAACAUUUAAAUGAUGAAGUUACUACACGUCAAAUCGAAACGACAACAAUUUCGUUGCCAACCGAAAGUAUCACUCAAAACACACCGUCAACUGUAAUUAUUCAAAAUUCUACCUCACAAACAAGCACUGAAAAUUACAUAGUUGAAUCAACCCCUGCAGAUAAUAACUCGGAAAAUAAUACAAUGACAGUUAUAGAUAAUUUGACGACGGAGAAAACGUCAUCAGAUGUUGUGUUUAUUCCAGUUAAUCUUGAUGAUAUUCAAUCGAAUCCCGUGAUUGCUAAUGAAAUGAGAGACAUUAUAAAUUAUAUGAACCAUUUGCACCCAAACAAGAACAACUCUACCACUGAGACAACGCAUAUGGAAGAUAUAACGACUGAAAAAUUGUUACCACAAUCUACAAAUGAAGUCACUACAGAAAGUACAACAAUACAAUAUGUUACAACUGAAUCAGCGACAACUGAACAUGUAGUGUCUGCUGAAACUUCAACUCCAAUACGCGAAGAAGCAGUUACAACAGUGAGCCAUCCAGAAACUGAAGUAAAAAUUGAUACCACUACGAAGCCUAAUGAAAUUCCUUCGACGUCGCCAAAAAGUGAUAAAACUACUGAAAAUUCACAUGACAUAGUUUAUAUACCUGUAGACCUCGAUGAACUGAAAUCACACCCAAACUUAAUAGUUGAUGAGGUAAAAGAUUUAGUAAAUCACAUGAACGGAGAAAACGAAGGCAAUUCUACAGAGGCUCGUGAUCAUGCAAAUACACAUUCAACGACAGCACUUGAAAGCGUUACUGUUACACAAGAAACACCAAAAAACGACGAAGCUGCAGAAAAUAUUGAGAAAAAUGAAGAUAAAAGUAAAAAUCCAGAAGAAGUCUCAACGCCUACGACGACAGCUGAAACCACAGUCCCAACUACGAGUACCGCUGCUUCAAAUGAAAAUGAAGACGACGAUGAUGAUAUUGAUGUCGGCUACAUUAUUAAUAGAAACUUCUGGAAUAAAGUACUUGCCGAUCAGAAACAAGGCAAAACUAAUGAAAUCACAACGGAAAACACAAUAAGGGAUGAUAUUUUGGAUGUUGUUUAUACACUGCCAAAAGAUAAGAAAAAGGUUAUUUUUGCUUUGGUGGUUGCAAUAACGAAGUGCCUUGUAGAAGGUUUACCAACACCUAAACAAGACGCUAGUACCACCGAAAAACCAGCUGAGUCGGACAAGAGCCAAAAGCCGUUACUAGAAAAUAAACCAGGCGAGGAUGUCAUCCUUAUACCCGUUGACCUUAAAGAACUAAAGUCAAAUCCAGAAGAAGUAUACAGUGAAGUUAAAAAGCUAGUGGAUCUGAUGAAGAGUAAAAAAGAUAAGGCAAACAAACCGGACACAACUUCUAGUACUGAAACCUCGCCGACGACACCAGCAAAUAAAAGUAGUUCUGAAAAACCCACAUCUACAUCAGGCUCUAGUAAUACUGAAAACCCUACAACGACUCCUGUAAACAAGGCUAGUACUGACAAACCGGCAACUACACCUGGUAACAAAACGAGUACUGAAAGUCCUACAACAACUCCUGAAAACAAGUCGGGUAAACCCUCCACGACACCUGAUAACAAAACGAGUACUGAAAGCCCUACAACGACUCCUGAAAACAAGGCUGAUAAAUCUUCCACUACACCUAGUAACAAAUCCAGCACUGAAAGCCCGACAACAACUCCUGUAAACAAGGCUAGUACUGACAAACCGACCACUACACCUGGUAAUAAACCAAGUACUGAAAACCCUUCGACUACUCCUGGAAACAAGUCUGAUAAACCCUCCACGACACCUGGUAACAAUACUAGUACCGAUAAUCCUUCCACGACGCCUAAUGGCAAAGCUAGUUCUGAAAAACCAUCCAACAACUCAACUACUGAAAAGCCUUCAAGUACACCAGCAGGUAGUUCCACUGAAAAACCAUCAUCUAAACCUUCGAACGACGCCAGCACUGAAAAACCCUCGACAACAAAAGAAGCCACUACGCAAAAUCCAACUACUAAACCUGCAAACGUAACCACCACAGAAACACCUUUAACACCAGAAAAAGACACAGCAAAUCCGCAACCUACUAAGAACGCCACAAGCGAAAAUCCAAAAUCAGGAAAUGAUACCACACCGACAACCAAAGCGGCCACCGAAUCCACAACUAAAGAACCAUCUUCUCAACCAACAACCGCGUCAUCUGAAAAACCCGCAACUAAUCCCCAGAACGCUAGCUCAAGUCCAUCCACUAAACCAAAAGACAAAGCUAACACUGAAAAACCGACUUCACCAUCUUCCAAGGACGCUAGCACUACAAACGCCACUACGCAAUCACCGAACGUAAGUACUGAAAACCCUUCAUCAACAAGUGAAGCCAGCACUGAACAGCCAACUCCUUCAAACAACUCCAGCUCCGAAAAACCAAAAUCUAAAAGUAAUGAAAAGCCCUCAGGAAAGGAUAAACCAGAAAAAGAGGAAUCAAAGAAGCCCGAACAUAAACAUGACGCCGCAGCAAAUAAGCCACACAAACAUGGUGAAAGCUCUACCGCCGAGCCUGGAAACGUUAUAAACGAGAACUGCUAUUACUGUAUAAACGAAUAUUUCUUUGACAAACCUAAAAAAUAA